AAAUUACGGGGGCACGUCUGAUUUUCGCUGACUUGGACACCCACCGUCUGGCCGUCAAAGACACCCCAUUUUGGAAUUUUUGCAGUUUUUGUUUUAUAUUUAAAGGUCGGAAAAAUUUUGGGAGCUUCGAGAAUAACGAAGAACCUCAUUCAGUUCAUGAUCAGCCACACUAACUUUUAGUAGCUCCUGUUUUGUAAUCACAACCAGAAAAUGGCUUGGCAUUGUGGAUGUUGCACUCUCAAGUCAGGAUGCCGUUUCGGCGCAUUGUGGACCAUGAUCGAGACAAUAGUCGGAAUUGGUUUGUUGGUAGCAUCCGAUCUUAUCGCGCAUGGAAAUAGUGUUCUUUCAGUUCUGGCCAUUGCCGCGACCUGUUACUUCGUGGUUGUGUUUUGCCUGGCCUGGGUGCUGUUGGCUGGAAUAUUCCGGGAAUCCGCCGCCGUUCUCUUCACAUGGGUUCCUUUCUAUAUCAUCUUCAUUCUCAUCCGCCUGAUAUUUCUUGGAUUUAUCGUAACUGCUUAUGUUCAGCAUGCUAACGACAAGCCUGUGACCUUUGAGAUUGUGUACCUGGCUGAUGGCCGAGCUCUGUCCGCCCAGCGCUUUGAUUCGAACGUAUACUUGCAUGUGGUUGUGAGCAUCCUGGCCACCAUGGGCAUCUCCAUCGUUAUCAGUGCGUGGAUCGUGAUUAGUGUCAUUCUCCUGGGCGUCAGUCUGCGCCGGACAAUGUGGCGACGAAUUCGCACGGUGGAAUAUCGUUGAUGCGGGACCCGCGAACGGGAUGGUCUUUUCGUAUAUUAGACCACUGGACUUGUGUGCACGUAUGCAAACCGGUAAUAUUGCGGUCCGGAUGGAAUUUUAUUCGAUUUUGCUGUACCGGGUGUUUUAGUGUUUAAUGCGAGUUUUUGAGUUCUUCGGAAUUUUAUCGUUUUAUACAUGUAAAUAAGUGUGAGUUCAAAACACUUACGUUUUUUAUAUGAUUUUAAUCUGACUGUCUUCGUUUGUAACGGACAGUAUAGCGUUCUGUAAAUGUUGUACCACGAUUUCUGAAGUAAAACAACAUUCUGAAAUCGCGCCACGGAAUCGCAC